ACUGGAAUUUUGUAACCGUAAACCAGUUCUUCAGGCCACAUGCAAAUCGCCAAAAAAUCGUAUUUCGAUAAGUUAUCAUUUAAUUUUAGGAUUUUUAUGUCAAAAUGAAAGUAAUAUGCAAUGGGGAAAUCAAAACAAAAGAAGUUUAAAGCAAAGCAGCAACAGCCAACUGGUCUUCCAAGUGUCAAAGACUUUGAAACUGAGAUUGAAUUUGAAGAAACAUCAACAACAAACUUUUCUCUCCAACCUAUUAUUGAACAGUUAUCCAGUGUAAAUGAGGAAACCAGAGAAUGUGGUUGUGCUUCUCUAGCCAACCUUGUAUCUAACCCAGCACAUAUAAACAUACUGCUACAGAAAGAUUGUAUCAAGAUAUUGGCACCAUUAUUUGUAGAUACCAGUCCUCAAGUUAGCAUAAAGGCAUUAGGAGCAAUUAGAAAUAUAACAGUGGAUGGAGGCAUUGAUGCAUGUGAGGUUCUAGUCAAGAAGGAUGUGUUGACUCCACUUGUAGCCUUGUUUUCACAGUUUGAAGUUGGCUGGAACCCUGAUCAAAUAAGUUUGAAAAAGCUUCGUGAUUUGAGAAUAGAAAUAUUUACAGAAGCAACACAUAUAUUAUGGAAUUUGUGUGAAGCUUCAGAAGUGGCUGUGAAGAUAUUCAACAAGGAAAAUUUGGUUCAUUUGUUGUGGCCAUGUUUACAGUAUAAAAUAUAUGGCUAUGAAUUGUCUAUAGCUGUUGCUCAGUGUCUACAGACCGUGACAGAGGAGAAUAAAGAACUGAUUUCAUUAUGCAGAUUACCUGACAAAGCUAGUCUAUUAGAGAGUAUUAUAGCAGAUGAUGCCUUGUCUUCCCAGCAUGCAUUGCUAAAAACUUUAGUUGUUGGUAUUAUAACCAAUAUAAGUGAUGAUGACUUUACUUCCAACAACCUCCUGACAGUAGUUGUACAAACUUUAUCACAUGUAUUAAUGGUUGAUGCUGUGGAAGUUCUCAGAAAUGAUGUACAGGGGAAAAGUCAGGAAGCUACAAAUGGGAAUGGCCAUGCUGAAAAACCACAAGAAAAAGAAAAAACAACGAAGAAAUCAGGAAGUUCUGACAAUGUAACCAAUAUACUGAAGGCACAACAGAUUGCUCUGGAGAUUAUAACAAACAUUUGCUGUUCAGAAGAUGAUUGGGAAGAGGUUGACACCAGUGAGUCAAGUUCUGAUGAAAUGUCAGUAGACGUUAACAUGGAGGACACACCUGACAAUUUCUCACCAUCAGAUGUAUCAACAGAAGUACAGAAUGCUAUAACAUCAAACCAUAUAUUUACAAAAGUAUUACAAAAAAUAGAGCCAGUUGAAAUAGUGCCAUUAUUACAGAAUAUAGACAAACAAACAGAUAUUUUGAAAAGUUUUGAAAGGUUACAGAUUUAUGCCUUGCUAUGUUGUAACAACUUAGUCAGUUCUUUAGAGAUAACACAUCUUGGAGGAAUGGAUAAUCUACAUACUGUCUGGAGUGGAUUGGUCAAAUUGUCAUCAUCACAGAUAGUGAUGAAGAAUCUUGAAUUGUUAGAGGCUGUCACUAGUUGUAUGAGGGCUGUUGUCCAAAAACUUGCCGACCUGGAAUCACCUAAGUUGUUAGAAGUGUCACCUCAGGAUUUACAGUUUCUAUAUGAAAUGGAACAGCAGUGUGGACAGUCAGACAUCAAAGUUAAUGCUGUUAGGAUAGUGUCCACCAUUGGAUGUGCAUUUGCUAAACAACUUCAACCAAAUUCAUUUCUGAAGGAUGUUGGUAUGUUUUUGUUGGAGAUAUGUUGUAAAGAAAGUGAUCUGAGAGUGAUAGCUGAAUCUUUAGAUGCCAUGUUUGAUGUUUUUGGAGAAGAUCAUUUAGAUCCUAUAGUUAAAGAAAUACAGAUGGUAGAAAAACUAAAAACAUUGCUGCCAUCAUUGAAAACACAGAUACAGAAUAAGAAGAAAAGUCUUGGUGAACAUUACCCGGUUAUUUCUACAGCUCGUACUAACUUGAUCAGGUUUAUCAAGUACAAAACACAGUCAUCUUAAAAUAGUUCUAUUAUGGAAUGUUUUAUAGUGCAAAUGUUAUACAAAUAUAUUAUUUUACAAGCUUA